CAGAACUCUCGCACGUUGUUUUCAUUUUUUACUUCGGUGUAUUUUUAUUCACCGAAAUGCAACGGAAGGAGGUCAAUCCCUUCCAAAUCCUGGGCCUGCGUCCUUGGUUGGUGAAGCAGCUGACAAAGUUAGGCCUGAAGGGAGCAACUCCUAUCCAACAAAACUGCAUUCCGGCUAUAUUGGCUGGUAAGGAUUGCAUUGGGGCAGCCAAGACUGGAUCCGGCAAAACCUUUGCCUUCGCCUUGCCCAUUCUAGAGCGGCUGAGCGAGGAGCCAGUGGGCCACUUCGCCCUUGUGCUGACGCCCACGCACGAGUUGGCCUACCAGAUAUCCGAGCAGUUCCUGGUGGCCGGACAGGCGAUGGGAGUGCGAGUAUGCGUCGUUUCCGGUGGUACCGACCAGAUGAUCGAAAGCCAGAAGCUGAUGCAGCGGCCACACAUCGUGGUGGCCAUGCCCGGACGCUUAGCAGACCACCUCACCGGCUGCGAUACGUUCUCCUUCGACAAUCUCAAGUACCUGGUUGUGGACGAGGCGGAUCGCAUGCUAAACGGCGACUUUGACGAGAGCCUGGCUAUAAUCGAAAGGUGUCUGCCCAAGACUAGGCAGAAUCUCUUCUUCUCCGCCACCAUGAAGGACUUCAUGAAGGAGUCUAGCAUAUUUCCCAUUGCCAGUGAUUGCCUCGAGUGGUCGCAGGAUUCCGAUGUGGCCACUGUGGACACUCUGGACCAACGUUAUCUGCUGUGCGCCGACUACGAUAGGGACAUGGUUUUGAUCGAGUCACUUAGAAAGUACCGCGAGGAGAACGAAAACGCCAAUGUAAUGAUUUUCACCAACACAAAAAAAUACUGCCAGCUGCUUUCGAUGACGCUAAAGAACAUGGAUAUUGACAAUGUUUGCUUGCAUGGCUUUAUGCGGCAAAAGGAGCGCGUAGCUGCCCUAAGUCGUUUUAAGUCCAACCACAUUCGCACACUGAUUGCUACCGAUGUGGCUGCCAGGGGUCUGGACAUACCUAGUGUCCAGCUGGUUAUGAAUCACAUGCUUCCUCGGACGCCCAAGGAGUACAUCCAUCGUGUGGGCAGGACAGCGAGGGCGGGACGAAAAGGCAUGUCCAUUUCCAUAUUCCGUUUUCCGCGGGAUUUGGAGCUCUUGGGCGCCAUCGAAGAGGAGAUCAACACAAAGCUUACCGAGCAUCCAAUCGAUCAGCGCAUGGUGGAGCGAAUUUUCAUGCAAGUGAAUGUAACACGCCGUGAGUCUGAGAUGCUGUUGGACAAUAACGAUUUCGAUGAACGGGCCCAGAACUACAGACGCAAAACGUGGAUAAUGGAGGGCAAGGAUCCAGACCAAAUGGAAGCGCUCUACCGCAAAAAGCAGAAAGAUAAGCUGAAGGAGAUUCGUCGGAAAAGGAAACUGCAGCAGGAAGAGUCCGCAGCUAGCGAGGAAGGCAAGGCUCUCCUUCAAGACGAACGCUUUAAAUCUGUGGACAGUUCUCGAUUUGAAAAAAAAGGAAAAGGACGAAGUCGAGGCCCCAAGGAAGGAGCCGACCAGAAGCCAUUGAAAAGGCUCAAAAAUGGAAAGCCCGCCCAAGUCCAAAAGGGCAAACAAAAUAUCCAAAAAUCAAAAAGAAAAGUUAAAGCGUGAUGUUUAAAUAUAUGUUUAUAUAAU